AUGUUGACAAUCCCAGAGUUCCUGAUAUGCUCUGCAUUUUUGUUGCUGUUGUCUAUUUCCGUUCGUGCCUGGAAGACACAGAGGCUCCGGAGGGGCUUGCCACUCCCUCCAGGCCCCAAGGGUCUGCCGAUCUUCGGGAAUGCGCUUGACCUCGAUGUUGCUGCGCCUUGGUUGUCGUAUACCGAAUGGGCGAAGAAAUACGGUGAUCUUAUCUAUUUGACUAUCCUCGGACAGGAGUUCCUUGUUAUCAAUUCCGAGGAGCUCGCCCACACAAUUCUUCACCAACGUUCUGAAAUAUAUUCCGACAGACCAUAUAUCUCCACAAGUGCACUUUUCGGGAUGGAUUUCACCACCGGGUUGUUGCCCUAUGGGGACCUGUUGCGACAACACCGGAAGAUGUACCACGUAGGAUUCAGCAAGGAAGCCUCUCGCGAAUACCAGCCCAUGCAACUUUCGAAAGCUCACCAAUUCGUGGAGAGUCUCAUCGAUUCCCCAACUCAGUUCCCUAUGCAUUUAAAAACGUUAUCGGCGGGGAUCAUCAUGGCUGUUACAUAUGGCUAUGAUCCUGCGCCGGCCAAGGAUCCUUAUGUGGUCAAGGUCGAACGUUUCAUUGGUAUUUUUUCUAAGGCGCUCUCGCCAGAGCGUGCUGCGUUGUUAGGAAUGUUCCCGCUUUUACAAUAUUUACCGUCGUGGUUUCCGGGCGGGGCGUAUAAGCGCCAGGCCGGAGAAUGCCGCGGACUCGCUCAUGACAUCCUUAACGAACCUAUAGAGUAUGUACAAGCUGAAAUGGCUAGUGGGACAACGCGACAGUCCCUCGUCAAGGAUCUUUUGGGCAGAUAUGCGACCAAGGACGACACUGUCACCGUUGAAGACGAAGAGAUAAUCAAGGCAGUUGCUGCAACUGUAUUUUUGGGUUCACCGAUACAUGUCUCUCGUCAGACUGACUCUAGCUUGCAUAUGUUUCUGCUUGCUAUGGUGCUUCAUCCAGAGGUCCAGAUCAAGGCACAAGAAGAAAUCGAUAGGGUGGUUGGUGACAGCCGUCUCCCUGAUUUCAGUGACCGAGAGAAACUUCCCUAUGUCGAAGCAGUGUUUCGCGAGACUUUCCGGUGGCGACCGACGGUUCCUCUCACCCUUCCGCAUGCUACGAGUGCAAGCGAUGUUUACGACGGAUAUUACAUUUCAAAAGGUGUUAAUGUUGUUGUAAAUGUUUGGGCGAUCACACAUGACGAAACACGAUUCCCGGAUCCAAUGAGCUACAAGCCAGAGCGGCAUCUCUCAGCUACUGGAGAACUUCUCGAAGACGUAGUAUCGCCCUACUUUGGUUUUGGACGACGAAAGUGCCCCGGAAUUUACAUUGCAGAUCAGAGCAUUUGGGUCUCCAUUGUCUCCUGUUUGGCAACGUUGCGCAUUGGAAAAAGGAAGGACGCGACUGGAUGUGAAAUCGAUGUGAAAGCCGAAUUUACGGCAGGAUUGGCGUUAUCAGUCCGACCGAAACCUUUCGAAUGCUCCAUCGAGCCUCGCUCUGCAAAUGCAGAGAGAUUGAUUCGCGCGAGUAGCAGGGGUGACUAG